GCUGAAAUCGCUCUGAAUUCUACGUUUUUCUGUAUCCUGUAUGAAAUCAAUUCGGAGUUUCUAAGAUUCAGAGGACUCUGUUUUAACUGAUUCGGAAGGAAGAAGAAAGUUCAUAUUUUUCUUCCGCAGAAAUCAGUCAAUUCCGGUGAAAGAUAUUUUAUUUGAACAGCGGUGGGAGAUAAUUGAGAUUCACCGGUGUACGAAAGGGGGAGAUGGAGAGGAACAAUACUCACUCCGUCAAUAGAGACGGAUUGCUGUUAAGAUCCGAAUCCAGAUCAGCAGCAGUUACGACGACGUCGUCUGACUUCGUGUUGCAGUGGGGGAACAGAAAAAGGCUCCGCUGCAUGAAAUCCCAGGCCAAGGACCAUCAUAUUAACAAGAUUAAUAACUCCUCCGGUUCUGGACCGGUUCAGCGUGCAAACACCUCCACCCGAAUCGACAGGCGGGUCAUAAGGUCGGAUCUCAAUCAUACUAAAGAUCCGAAUUCAAAAAAUAAUGACGCUGGUAAGAGUAACGGAUAUUUGAAUCUCCGUCAGCGUCCGGCUUCUCCGUCUCGUCGAAUCUUGAGGAAUUCAGAGAGUUCAAUUGGUAUGAGGGGACAACAAAGCAACGGAGUUAGGGGAUUUACAUCUCCAGAUAGAGGAGAAAAGAAAAGUGGUGCCUCAAUUAUUAUUAAUAAUAUUAAUAAUAAUAGCAGCCACCACCACCAUACUAACAAGAACACCACCAACAAUAAUAGUAUUUACAAUAAUGACACCAACCACCACCACGGCGGUGGUGGUGGUGGUUCUGGGUCAACAGAGACAGGCCAAGACGGGAAAAAGGGCGGCUCAUCCUCCGGCGGCGACACGAUCGCCGCCGUGUGGCCGCCGAAGUUCGUGAUCGCCUUAACGAAUAAGGAGAAAGAAGAGGAUUUCAUGGCAAUUAAAGGGUCCAAGCUUCCACAGAGGCCCAAGAAACGAGCCAAGUUUAUUCAGCGCACACUCAAUCUGGUGAGUCCAGGUGCAUGGUUAUGCGAUUUGACUCUUGAACGUUACGAGGUCAGAGAGAAGAAGGUUUCCAAGAAGAGACCAAGAGGUUUGAAGGCUAUGGGAAACAUGGAGUCCGACUCGGAGUAGACGGAAAUUAAUUAAUCAAUUAAUUGUGAAACAACUAGCUAGCCUUAAAUUUUCUGAAGAAAUGCGUUGAAGUUUUUCAGCUUUCAGCUUUGAAGAAAAAAUAUAUAUAUCUCUAAAUAUGUCUCCUGUAUCUUUGUACCUCACCAUUUGGUGCUAAAUUUAUAUACCGUUUAAUACAAUCAACUUGUGUUGUGUCUUUCUCUUU